AUGUCUCAACAUGUCAAAAGCCCAGAGCCCACCGAAUCCCCAAAACCCCGUCAGAAACCCGGCGCUGCAUGUGAAGAGUGCAGACGCCGAAAGCUGCGGUGUGAUCGCCGUCAACCGCAAUGCAGACUGUGCGAGGCAUCCGGUGUAGAAUGCCAGGUCAUCACGGCAAGACCCUCGCGCGGCCCGAAGCCUGCCCUCGAAGGAGCUUUGCUGCAACAGAGUACUACCAAUUUCAGUGGACCCACCGAUGAUCACCCGCUAGACACUCCCAUGCUGGAUGACCAGAUCGACCUGUCUGGAUGGCAAUUGCCGGUGAUGGAUGACGAGUCUUCGUUGAACGGCGUGUACGCUGCGUCCAAGGCUAACAGUUCGUCGGGGACAAUCAUGACCAAUGCCGGCUCUGGGGUGAACUCGAUCUCUCCCCCGCACCGAUCCUCAAGUAUUCCCGUUGAACUGACAAUGCCGGACGUUGGUUCACAUAUAAAGGGAAUGGAGAAUGUGGAGGACAUAUGUGAGCCUAAGAUCUCAGAUCUCAUCCAGGCAGACUUGGACCAAUUAUAUUUCGACCGGAUCCAUCAUUUUAUGCCCAUUCAGCAUCAGAGUUGCUACUUUUCCUGGCGCCGACAGCCAAUCAAAACUGAGGCUCAGUCGUGCUUACAAUAUGCGAUCUGGACACUUGGGGCUUCGGUAUCUGCGCUGCAUGAGAAUAUUGGACACUCGUUCUAUCAAUACGCGCGUCGCGGACUGGAGGCACUGGAUUCCAAGAACAUGAGUUUGGCUUCCACAGACCUGGAACAAGUCCAGGCAUGGCUCCUGCUAGCCAUCCAUGAGUUUAUGAGCGUCGACUUUCGCCGAGGGUGGAUCAGCGCCGGAAGAGCAUUCCGACUUAUUCAGCUCAACUGGUUGCACGGUACAGACGGCUGGGAUCUCACUCGAGCCCAGACGGACUGGAUUGAGACGGAGCAAAAGAGACGUACCUUCUGGAUGGCGUACUGCCUGGAUCGCUUCAUGAGUAUGCGGACAGGAUCGCCGCCAACUUUCAGCGAGAGGGUAGCCAUCCGUCUUCCUUGUCCUGAAGCCAACUUUCAAAAUGACCAGCCCAUUUUGAUGGGAUUUCUUUCCGACGCCCUCGCCGCUGACACUUCCAUCACAUCCACUUUCACAGAGUGCAUCGUCGUUGCAACGAUCAGCGGCCGGGCGCUGUCCCAUCGAAACCAGUGUCUAGCUGGGGAUUUAUAUUUCAGUGCCGUCGAUGAUUUUUGGAAUCGCCAUCAAUGGAUCAACGCCAUCCUAACACAACGCAUGGAGGCCUUCUCAGCGAAAUACCCCUUAGACAUGCAGCAGCAGACCGAUCCCAUGCUCCUCUUUAUUAGUCUCAUGUGGCGGACAAUCAUUCUACACCUUUACCAGACAAUGGCUUGUGUAAUCCCGUCACACGACGAGAAGAGGGAUCUUGUCACGGAAUAUAAGAAGCGAUCAUCCGCAGCCGCGCAGGAAAUUGUGGACUUGACAAACAAAUUAUCGCAUUUGAACUCGUUGAAGGUGCACCCUCUAACGCCCAUUCCUCUUUCGCUCUGUGUCGAGUUCUUGAUCCUGUAUCACAAGCCUGGAGACGUCUUUACGAAGCAACUUCAGGAUAUCACCGAGGCCAUGCGGAAUCUGAAGAGAUUCAGUAACCUGGGCCAGGAAGUCUUGCAGCUCUUCGAUGAUCAGCUCCUUACUACUAGUCCCUUUCAAUCUUCAACUGUUCAUUAG